CGCUGGCUGUCUGACACUGCAGCUUUAGCAUACCCAAUUGUGAAUCUCCGACGAAUUUUUUUAUUGAAACAUGAACCCAGACAGACGCGUAAUAGUCUAUCCCCAAUACCUGGAUUCUACAAAAACGGUCGCUGAAGGUCGACGGAUACCCAAAACGUUAGCGUGCGAGGACCCCUUCACCAACGAGCUGUAUGACUGCUGCAAGCUAUUAAAAUUGGAAUCACAAAUUGAGGCCAAGCAUUACCCGCGAGAUUGGCUUCCCAAAGGCCGCAUUCGCGUGCAACUGAAAGGGGAAGAUGGAAAACCGAUCAAUCCGGAGAUACCGGACCGGCGGACGUUGAUGGUGAAGCUGGCGGAGCUCAUUCCCAAGCACCCCGGGAGAGCCAGCGGCAAGGGCCGGCAGCAGACCACGGCGACCAAGCUCAUGGAGAUGGCGGGGGGAGGGGCCGCAGGCAGUGGGAGCGGCGCUGGCAGCAGCGGUGCGGGGGCCAGCAAACCCGCUCCGAGCAAGAAGGGCGGCAAGAAGGGCAAGAAGUGACCAGGAAUGGGAGCGGUGCUGGCGGCAGUGGCGGCAUAACCCCAUGUGUACGACUGCGAUUGGUCGACUAAUUUCUCCGCCACGGAUAAUCCCACUCGAUCAGACUCGGCCCGACCGGGCCCAACCGAACACCUGGGUGCGCGGGCUGUGUAUGUGUGUAUGUAUGUAUGUCCAGCGCGGCAGC